UCAUCAUCCAACAUUCACAGCUUGUGUUCCGAGACCAGACCGCCCUCGGAACAUCAGACCGCACCGCACCCAAGAUGAAUCGUAUCGACGUCAAAAGGCGAAAUGUCAUCGACCAUCGCAAGAAGCAAUUUGCAGUUCCCCAGUACAAGGAAACGCAGUAUCCGCACCGCCUGAACUUUUACACGACCCCGCCCACUGCCGAUAUUACGCUCGAGCAGUUCGAGCAAUGGGCCAUCGACAGGUUACGGGUGCUCGCCGAGCUCGAAGCAUGCUCCUUCCGCAACAAGACGCCCGCCGAGACGGAGCUGCACAUGAAGCCCCUCCUCGACAAGUACCUCCGGCUCGACGCCAACAGCUCGACCGCCUCGCCGCUGCACGCGCAGCGCCAGAAGGACCACUACAGCCACUUCAUCCUGCGGCUGGCGUUCGCGUCGACCGAGGACCUGCGCCGGCGCUUCGCCCGCGCCGAGACGAUGCUGUUCCGCCUGCGCUUCCAGACGGACGACUCGCGCGAGCGCGCCGCCUUCAUACGCACCCUCAACCUCGACUGGGAGCCCGUGUCGGACGAGGAGAAGCGUGAGUUGGCGCCGCAGCUGGCGAGCACGAUCGGAUACGGCAAGCGUGCCCCGCAGGUGCUGGACGAGGACUGGCUCAAGGUCGACUGGACGCGCGUGCCGGACUUGAUUGAGAAUCGCAAGGUAUAUGUCAGGGCAGGGAAGGCGUAUGUGCCUGGGAAGGAGCAGCAGAGCAUGGUGCUGAAUGCGUUUACGAAACGGUUGGAGACGGAGUUGGAGCUUACGGCCCGUGCACUCCCACGGCUAGACGAGGACGACCGUUUGACUCCGAUCCUCGACCACCUGUCCAAGAAUUUCAUCGCGCCCGACGCAAGCUACGCGGGCUCGGGCGCCGCGAUUGAGGGUGCCGAGAUCACGGCGCGCAACAUCGACAACCUGUCGCAGCACUUCCCCAUGUGCAUGACGCACCUGCACCGGUCGCUCCGGCGUGACGCGCAUCUCAAGCACUACGGGCGGCUGCAAUACACGCUCUUCCUCAAGGGCAUCGGGCUCAGCCUGGAGGAGAGCCUCAUCUUCUGGCGGUCCGCGUUCAACAAGAUCACGGAUGACACCUUCAACAAGGAAUACCGCUAUAACGUGCGGCACGCGUACGGCGACGUCGGCGGCGACUCGAACCGACGCAGCGGCGGCUACAGCCCCUACAGCUGCCAGAAGAUCCUCACCGAACAUGCCCCAGGGCCGGGAGAGGCCCACGGCUGCCCGUACCGCCACUUUAGCCCGGAGAACCUGACCACGCUGCUCCGCGCGUCGGGGGUGACGGACCGGGCGGUUCUGGAGGGCGUCAAGGUGGACACCGAGAACCAGAAAUUUCACAUGGCGUGUAACCGCGUAUUUGAGCACCUCCACAAGGCGGAGAUAAAACGCGCAAAGGACGAAGGGAUCAUGACUGCUGCGCAGCUCGAAACGAUUGUGCACCCGAACGAGUAUUUUAAGCGGAGCUAUCUGCUGAAGCAUAUGGACGGCAAGCAACACAAGGAAAAGGGGGAUGUGAAUAUGGAAGGGUGACAGUGACAGGCUGAGGAGGGUUGCCAGGUGGGGGGGGUCAGCUGCGUCGGCAUCCGACCCUCCCGGAAGCUUGGGGGGUUGUGGCUUGGUGACUGUUACGCAACUUUUGUUCUACACUUACGAUCGUAUUCAGGCUAUUGUUGUCGUCGUUGGUGGUUGGAAGGGCGCUAGAGACGAGACGACCAUGUGAAUGCGUAAGGCGUGCGUAAGCGCACGUGUUAGGUCAGCAAUAUACCUGGUGCUUACCAUGACAAUAUACCGACACU